CGUUUGUUGGCCGAUAAAAGCACAUGCACUCGACUCCAACUAAUUACCUCCACACCUUAAUUUGUAGCUACUAGCUACUACUCCAUCAUCUCUUACUAUAUCUCUUUCCCUUUCAUAUAUUCUUAUUCUUAAAUAAAAUGAGAAUGGUACCAGUACGGUUGAAAGAAUUAUUCGCCAAUAAUAUGGAGUCAUCAUCCGGCCGUAGUAACAACAACAAUCAUAAUAAAAGAAAAAAGAUAUUUUUGACCGCAUUUGCCUCCAUCCUUUUAGUCUGUGCUUUAAUCAUCGGCAUUGCUGUUGGAGUUGGAAAAAACAACAACUCAUCAUCAUCAGACUCUGCAGCACACUCGAUCGUAAAGUCAUCAUGCAGCAACACAUUGUAUCCAGAAUUAUGCUAUGCCACUAUCAGCAGCCACCCCGAUGUUACCAAAAAAGUGAAAACUCAGAAAGACGCCAUCCAGGUGGCUGUUGAUCUCACCAUCACGGCGGUGGAGAAGAGCUACUUCCAGAUAAGCAAGCUCUCGGCUACUCGCAAAGGUCUGAUCAGCCCGCGCGAGGCCAAGGCCCUCCAUGAUUGUCUCCAGAUGGUUUCCGAAACCUUGGACGAGCUUCAUCAAGUGGCCAAAGGCCUCGUACAGUACAAUCACACCAGCGUAUCCCUCAAGCAACACGCCGACGACCUCAAGACUCUGAUGAGUUCCGCCAUCACCGACCAAGAAACUUGUCUGGAUGGCUUCUCGCACGACGACGCCGACAAGAAAGUCCGUAAGGCGCUAGAGAAGAACGAGAAGAAGGUGGAGAAGAUGUGUAGCAUUGCCCUCGCCAUGAUCUGUAACAUGACCAACACCGACCUAUGGGCCCAGACUAGCAGAAGGAACUUGAAACAAAACAUUAUUAACGACGACGUUGAUGAUGCUGCGUCCCGAUCGGUGUGGCCGGAAUGGUUAUCCGCUGGAGACAGGAAGUUGUUGCAGUCGGGGACGGUGACCCCGAACGUGGUGGUAGCAGCAGAUGGUAGCGGAAACUACAAGACCGUGUCGGCGGCUGUGGCGGCGGCCCCUUCCAAGAGCAGCACCAGAUACGUGAUCCGGAUCAAAUCCGGGGUGUACAGGGAGAAUGUGGACGUCCCCAAGUCCAAAACGAACAUCAUGUUUCUUGGUGAUGAUAGAAAAAAUACAAUCAUCACCGCCAGCCGGAGUGUUAAAGGAGGAAGCACAACCUUCGAAUCUGCCACCGUCGCGGUUGAAGGGGAAAAGUUUUUGGCAAAGGGGGUAACAUUUCAAAACACGGCAGGCGCGUCAAACCACCAAGCCGUGGCACUUCGUGUGGGUUCAGAUUUAUCUGCUUUCUACCAAUGUGACAUGCUGGCAUACCAAGACACCCUCUACGUCCACAAGAACCGUCAGUUCUACAUCAACUGCUUGGUCGCCGGCACGGUCGAUUUCAUUUUCGGGAAUGCUGCCGUGGUGUUCCAGGAUUGCGACAUUCAUGCCCGUCGUCCAAACUCAGGACAGAAGAACAUGUUCACGGCACAAGGGCGCACCGACGCUAACCAGAACACCGGGAUAGUGAUCCAAAAAUGCAGGCUGGGUGCCACUUCGGAUCUCCAACCGGUGCAAGGAAGUUUUCCGACGUAUCUAGGGCGGCCGUGGAAGCAAUACUCGAGGACGGUGAUCAUGCAGUCAUCAAUAACCAACGUGGUUCACCCGGCGGGAUGGUUUGAGUGGGACGGCAACUUUGCACUGGACACUUUGUACUACGGGGAGUACCAGAACACAGGGGCGGGAGCAGGGACAUCAGGAAGAGUGAAAUGGAAAGGGUUCAAGGUCAUCACCAGCUCUUCAGAGGCUCAAGGAUUCACCCCUGCCAACUUCAUUGGUGGGGCUUCCUGGCUACGCUCUACCGGCUUCCCCUUUUCACUUGGCUUGUAACCUAGCUGCUUGCUGCUAUAUAUAUAUAUUUCCAGUAUAAUUAUCGUUUACGUAUAUGUCUUGCCCGGUAUCGAAUAAUAUUGAUGAUCUUCAAAGAGCAUCUAAUUAAUUUAUUGUGCGGCCGGAUUUGUAUUCUUUUUAAUUAAGUUUGAGUUCAAUAUUAA